AUGUACAUUGGUAUAGACUUCUUAUCACUUUUAUUGUUUGCAGAACCUCCAACACCCAUUGCUCCCCCUGAACUGCUGGCUGUCGGUGCCACCUACUUGUGGAUCAAACCAAAUGCCAAUUCCAUUAUUGGUGAUGGGCCUAUAAUAUUGAAGGAAGUGGAGUACCGUACAACAACUGGGAAUUGGGCAGAAACUCACAUUGUAGACUCCCCCAAUUACAAGCUGUGGCACCUGGACCCAGAUGUGGAAUAUGAGAUCAGAGUGCUUCUUACCCGUCCUGGUGAAGGAGGGACCGGACCCCCUGGGCCUCCGCUCACGACAAGAACAAAGUGUGCAGAUCCAGUCCAUGGACCACAGAACGUGGAAGUUGUUGACAUUCGCUCCCGGCAGCUAACCUUGCAAUGGGAACCCUUUGGCUAUGCAGUGACCCGCUGCCAUAGCUACAACCUUACCGUCCAGUACCAGUACGUGUUUAACCAGCAGAAGUAUGAGGCGGAGGAGCUCAUCCAGACUUCCUCGCACUACACUUUGCGAGGCCUUCGGCCUUUCAUGACCAUACGCCUGAGGCUAGUGCUCUCUAAUCCUGAGGGCAAGAUGGAAAGUGAGGAACUAGUUGUGCAGACUGAGGAGGAUGUUCCUGGGCCUGUUCCUUUGGAAUCUAUCCAGGGAGGACCUUUUGAAGAGAAGAUUUAUGUUCAGUGGAAGCCUCCAAAUGAAACAAAUGGUAUCAUUACACUCUACGAGAUUACAUACAAGGCUGUUGGGUCUCUGGAUCCCACUGCUGACCUGUCCAGCCAGAGGGGAAAGGUCUUCAAACUAAGGAAUGAAACUCACCACCUCUUUGUAGGGUUAUAUCCAGGGACUACCUAUUCGUUCACCAUCAAAGCCAGCACAGUGAAGGGCUUCGGACCUCCCAUCACGACCCGGAUUGCAACUAAAAUUUCAGCACCAUCAAUGCCUGAGUAUGAUACAGACUCGCCCUUGAAUGAAACUGACACUACCAUCACGGUCAUGCUGAAGCCUGCUCAUUCCCGUGGAGCACCUGUCAGUGUCUAUCAGCUUGUUGUCAAAGAAGAGAGGCUGCAGAAAGCACGGAGGGCUGCAGACAUCAUUGAGUGCUUCUCUGUCCCAGUGAGCUACAAGAAUGCUUCCAGCCUUGACUCACCCCAUUACUUUGCAGCUGAGCUGAAACCCAUCAACCUGCCAGUCACUCAACCCUUCACAGUGGGUGACAACAAAACCUACAAUGGAUAUUGGAAUGCUCCACUCUCACCACUGAAAAGCUACAGCAUCUACUUCCAGGCUCUUAGCAAAGCAAAUGGAGAGACCAAAAUCAACUGUGUUCGACUGGCGACAAAAGGAGCUUCCACCCAGAAUUCCAAUGCAGUGGAGCCAGAAAAGCAAGUUGACAGCACAGUGAAAAUGGCUGGAGUUAUAGCUGGGCUUCUGAUGUUUGUUAUUAUCCUCUUGGGAGCAAUGCUCACUAUCAAAAGAAGAAGAAAUGCAUAUUCCUACUCAUAUUACUUGAAACUAGCCAAGAAGCAGAAAGAGACUCAGAGCAGCACCCAGAGAGAGAUGGGCCCUGUUGCUACUUCAGAUAAGACCUCCACCAAACUCAGUGCAGUCCACAAUGAAGAAGCAUUUUCAGCCAGCUGCCAAGAUGUUAAUGGAUUCACAUCAUCCUCUCCUUGUUCAUUUUCUGUCCAAAGCAAAACCCUUCAGAGCAAAUCUUUGUUGAAUUCCUACUACUCAGUAUCAUCAGACACUGUUCCAUCGACCACGCUGCUAGACAGUAGCCAUGGGGAGAUGACCCAGCCGACUCUGACUAUCCAGACCCAUCCAUACCGAAGCUGUGAGCCAGUGGAAAUGUCCUACCCCAGGGGGCAGUUCCAGCCAGCCAUCCGAGUGGCCGACUUGCUACAGCACAUCACCCAGAUGAAACGAGGACAGGGCUAUGGAUUUAAAGAGGAGUAUGAGGCUCUCCCUGAAGGGCAGACAGCAUCUUGGGAUACAGCCAAGGAAGAUGAAAACCGCAAUAAGAAUAGAUAUGGGAACAUAAUCUCCUAUGACCAUUCAAGGGUGAGAUUGCAACUGCUUGAUGGAGACCCUCACUCAGACUACAUAAAUGCCAACUAUAUAGAUGGAUAUCACCGACCUCGUCACUACAUUGCCACUCAAGGACCAAUGCAGGAAACAGUGAAAGAUUUCUGGAGAAUGAUUUGGCAAGAGAACUCUGCAAGUGUUGUCAUGGUCACGAACUUGGUGGAAGUUGGUAGGGUAAAGUGUGUUAGAUACUGGCCAGAUGAUACAGAGGUCUAUGGAGAUAUUAAAGUCACAUUAAUUGAGACAGAGCCGUUGGCAGAGUAUGUCAUACGCACAUUUACCGUACAAAAGAAAGGCUACCAUGAGAUCCGAGAGAUUCGUCAGUUCCACUUCACCAGCUGGCCAGACCACGGGGUCCCUUGCUAUGCCACAGGUCUUUUGGGCUUUGUUCGACAGGUGAAGUUCCUUAAUCCUCCUGAGGCAGGGCCUAUAGUUGUACACUGCAGUGCUGGUGCUGGGAGGACGGGGUGCUUUAUUGCCAUUGACAUCAUGCUUGACAUGGCAGAGAAUGAAGGUGUGGUAGAUAUAUUUAACUGUGUGCGAGAGCUGCGAUCCCAGAGGGUCAAUUUGGUGCAGACAGAGGAGCAGUACGUCUUUGUCCAUGAUGCCAUUCUGGAAGCAUGUCUCUGUGGCAACACGGCAAUUCCAGUUUGUGAGUUCAGAUCUGUAUAUUACAACAUCAGCAGACUAGACCCGCAGACCAAUUCCAGCCAGAUCAAAGAUGAAUUUCAGACCCUCAAUAUUGUGACACCACGUGUUCGGCCAGAAGAUUGCAGCAUUGGUCUGUUGCCAAGGAACCAUGACAAAAAUCGCUGCAUGGAUGUGCUGCCCUUGGACCGGUGCCUCCCCUUCCUCAUCUCUGUGGAUGGUGAAUCAAGCAACUACAUCAAUGCUGCGCUCAUGGAUAGCCACAAGCAACCUGCUGCCUUUAUUGUAACCCAGCACCCUUUACCAAAUACCAUAGCAGACUUCUGGAGGCUGGUGUUUGAUUACAACUGCUCCUCCAUAGUGAUGUUGAAUGAAAUGGAUGCUGCACAGCUCUGCAUGCAGUAUUGGCCAGAGAAAACAUCCUGUUGUUAUGGGCCAAUCCAAGUGGAGUUUGUUUCAGCAGACAUUGAUGAGGAUAUCAUCAACAGGAUAUUCCGGAUCUGCAACAUGGCCAGGCCCCAGGAUGGAUAUCGUAUAGUGCAGCACUUGCAAUACAUUGGCUGGCCAGCAUACAGGGACACCCCUCCUUCCAAACGCUCCCUUCUGAAGGUGGUUAGGAGGCUGGAGAAGUGGCAGGAGCAGUAUGAUGGGAGAGAUGGACGCACUGUUGUUCACUGUCUGAAUGGUGGUGGGCGCAGUGGCACUUUCUGUGCCAUCUGCAGUGUCUGUGAAAUGAUUCAGCAGCAAAAUAUCAUUGAUGUAUUCCAUAUAGUAAAGACAUUACGAAAUAACAAAUCCAACAUGGUGGAAUCACUGGAACAGUAUAAAUUUGUAUACGAGGUUGCACUGGAAUAUUUGAGUUCCUUUUAGCCUAGCAAAAUAGGAGCCUUCUGAAUUCCAGCGCUCAGUGUCUAAAGAACACGUUUUUCACACUAAAAGGUAGUAACAGUGUGAGGAGGCUACGCUCUUCAUCCUGAAGGAAGAGACUGAGACUGUACAGACCUCAAUGCCACUGGGAGGAGAUGAUGAUCCCCGUGUUUUCUGCUGCCUGUUUUCUAUUGCAGAAUUUACCACUUCUUAAAUAACCUAAUGUAUCAAUUGGCAGAACAGAAGCAAACUUGGAAGACUGUGCUUUCUAAUCCCCUCUGACCUCUUUUCUCCCACUUUGGAUGUGUAUUUUUGCUCUCCUUGUUACAAAGGGAAAAAAAGAAAAAAAACACUGGGACAGUCUGUCUUUUAAACAGCGCUGUUUUCUGUUCUCAAAUCCCAUCCUUUACUCUUUUAAUUUCAUGCAUCAGCCAUUUGGGAAACUGAAAGAGCCAUAGGGGAAAUCUAAGACUUUGGGUUACAAUUAAAUUAAUCCACCUGAUCUAUAUGUUUUCAAAUGAGUAGGCCAGCACAAAAAGCAGCAAUUCUCUUCCUCUGCCCUGUUCAUCCUACACCUAAAAAUAGGAGAUGGAAAUGAGAAGCUGUUCAUGGAGUCACUGUACCAUCUAUUCCACAAUAUUUUCCUUCCGUAUUCUGUUAAGAUGCUGUGCAUGAACUGGUUACAUCUCUCUGAUCCAUGUUAGUUUCAGUGCUGGUGAAGCAAUUUCAAACAGAGUGGGUUUCCCUUCAGUUUUAAUCAUGCAAAUUCUGCCAUUAUGUACUUGUGUCAAACUGACUGCAUUAGUUUUGCAAUUUGGGUGAUUUUUUUACUACAUUUUUCAAGCAUUUACUGGGGUGCAGUGGGCCUCUCAAAAUAAGGGCAUAAAGUGGAUACUUUUUGAAGAUAUAGAGUAUGUACUGUUUUUACUUAUUGUGUGUAUUGUUAAAGCACUGAUGAGCUCUCAUCUUGCCCAAGACCCCACUGCUCUAGGCACUGAAGAAAUGCAGAACAAAGACAGACCUUGCCCCCCAAAAGUUUGUAAUCUAAGAAUGAUCUUAAAUUGGGGUUUGACCAAGUCUUCUCACUC